AUGGAUCUGCACUGUGAAGCGUGUAAGCACGACGUCUGUCAUAUCUGCCGUUGCACCCCAUCGUGUCCACGCCGAUGCCUCUCUCCCGUAGCCGAUUUAGUCUUCAACCCCGACGCCUCUUCCAUGAACGAUUUCGAUUUCGAACCCGAUCCGCACCUCCUCCCAAUACUCCCUUUUGACUUCGAACCCGACCCGAUCUGGCCCUCCUCCCACACGGACUUGAGCGACUCCGCCGACCCGUCUGACCGAUCACCUUCCAUAGCAUCGCCCUAUGGCAGCGAUUGCACCGACAUAUCGCAUCCGCCGAGGGCGGAAAGCAAAGGAAAGAUCGUUGUCAAUAGGACCUACACCGAGUUCGCCAAGCGAGCGAUUAAGGAGCCCACUGAAUGGAAUUCAUCGUCGUACGUCCAGCCCUGGACAUUAUCUAGGGACACAUAUAUCGAUGAGGAGGCAGAAUCCAAGCACGCUCGGGAUCAUCCGAUGUAUCAAACCAUUCUCGGAGAGGACGAGCUUUAUCACUGCCCCUUCGAGGGCGAGCACCAGUGCAACCACAAACCGACAAAGCUCAAAUGCAACUAUGAGUACGUGGACUCCCACCUCCGGCCGUUCAAGUGCAAGAACACUACCUGCUCUGGCGCUCGCUUUUCUUCCACUGCUUGCCUUCUAAGGCACGAGAGAGAAGCCCACGGUAUGCACGGUCACGGCUCAAAGCCCCACCUUUGCAUCUUUCCCAAUUGCGAGCGUGCUGUGCCGGGAAAAGGAUUCCCCAGGCGCUACAACCUGUUCGAUCACAUGAAGCGAGUCCACAAUUACACAACCCAGACCGUUCCAUCUGAGGACGUUUCAUCGGGUUUGGGAGCCAGUGCCAAAGGAGUACACCGGAAACGUAAAGCGCUUGAUCAACAGGAAGGCCGGAAGCGGGUUCGCCUUGGAUCAUAG